AUGCAGAAUAUUAAAAGUGAACGACGCCAGCACCAGCCCGUCACUAAAAUGACCGAGAAGAAGGCCAAGGGUCCAACAGUGACACCCCAACUGGCUCGUAUGAGGGGCCAGUGGGUGCAGGAGACAAAGGAGGUCACCAUCAAAGCUCCUAACAACAUGUUAGGGGUUGUGGUAGGCCCAGGUGGCUCUACCAUAAAAGAGAUUCAGGAAAAGUAUAAAGUGCGCGUCUCUGUCCCUCAGAAGGGGUCCAAGGACCAGCCCCUACGGGUUGUAGGGCUAGAUAAAGGCCUCGUCCACGAUGCCGCGGAUCACAUAAAAGCCCUGGUUCAAAAGGCUGUGACCACGACAGUGACCAUCAAAGCUCCUAACAACAUGUUAGGGGUUGUGGUAGGCCCAGGUGGCUCUACCAUAAAAGAGAUUCAGGAAAAGUAUAAGGUUCGCGUCUCUGUCCCUCAGAAGGGGUCCAAGGACCAGCCCCUACGGGUUGUAGGGCCAGAUAAAGGCCUGGUGCAAGAUGCCGCGGUUCAUAUAGAGUCCUUGAUGGCCUAUGAAAAGGAAAGGCGGCGUCUCAGUACGCCAGUGUCACAAACAGUGUUCAUCCCUAAGGCCCACCACGGCCUAAUAAUUGGCAGACAGGGUCAAAAUAUACGGUACCUAUCACUAACCCGUAGAAUAACCAUAGUUCUGCCCCCCAAAAAUGUUAUAAGUGAUGAGGUCACUGUGACCGGUCUCCCUGACCAGGUGGACCAAGGUGUAAGAGACCUGGUUAACCUGGUCAAAAGCUCCACCCACAUUUGUUACAACUCUGACUUCUGA